AGCACAAUUUGUCUUGCACUGUACGCGGUUUGACAGCACGUUGACAGAAACAGCCUUAUGAAUCCAUUGUGUACGAGCGUAUCAACAAAAGAAAACAACAAAUCAGUUCGAAAUGUUCAAGAUAGAACCAGGAAAAUCGUCCGAAAUCGAAGCAAUUUAUGAAAAGUGUCGCCUGUGCCUGAAAUGUUUCGAUUCCGCCAGCACAACAGCAAUCACAGAUGAAGAAUUUGGCGCAAAGCUGGAAAAUGUAUUCAAGUUUCCGAUACUACCGGGAGAUAUGCUGCCGGAGCAGGCUUGUCACGAAUGUCUCACAAUUGUGUCGGAUUUUCACACCUACAGCCAGCGAGUACAGUUGAAUCAGGAACAGUUGAGGCUACAUGUUAAGGAGCAAAAAUUUCAUCCAUUUGAGGAGGUGAAAAUUGAAGCCCCUGAAGAGGAAGAUUUCUACGAUGCAGAAAUUGAGGAAGCGCAGGAAGAGCAAGUCGAAUGCGAACAGGACCUAAUCGUUACACCUAAACCUCCUAAGCGAAAGCGACUCGACGCCGUUGAGGAAGUUAGUGAUGUAUUCGAGGAAGACAUCGACGAAGAGGACGAUGAUGAGGAUUUCGUACCCAAAGUGGAUCCCAAGGAUGGUACCUUGAAAAUUCCAGAGCGACGACACCGUCGGAUGGUGAAAAGUAAACAAUCGCUAAAGAAAAAAGAACGGGUAUUCAAAACGGAAAAACAAUCAGACAAGCUGGAACCGGAAGAGCUUGCGAAACAGAUUGAGAAUGAUAAGCGGAUACAGGAGUUUUUCAAAUUUCAGUGCGAAAUUUGUUCGCUGCCCAUGGAGAACUUUUCCUAUCUACAGGUGCACUAUAGGCGUGAGCAUGGCACCAAGGGCUACAUACGCUGUUGUGAAAAGUUGUUCUAUCGACGUUUUCAACUUCUGGAUCAUAUCGCCGCACACCAGGGUACGAUCAAGUGCGAGGUGUGUCAGAAGAGCUACAAAAGCAGCCGCUACCUUGCACUACACAUGAUGAAAAGCCACAGUCGUGAGGAGGAUCGGCCGUUCAAGUGCGGCAAGUGUCACCAGUCGUUCCAUAAAGAGCACCUACUGAAGGCACACCAGGCAAACCACCUGUCGGAAAAGUGUCCGAUCUGUGACAAAGUCGUAUCGUCAAAAUAUGCGUUGAAGACGCACGUUACACAUAUGCACGGUAGCGAUAGCAACCAAAUAUGUGACGUGUGUGGUAAAGAAUUCCGCACAAAGCAGGCGAUGGAGCGACACAUCAACGAGCACAUGGGCGUGGAUGUGGUUCAGAAGGUGCAGUGCCACGUGUGUCAACGAUGGUUCCAGGGGAAGUACAAUCUGCGCAAGCACAUCCGAUUUAUGCACCUCGAGGGUGGCCAAGUAUUCCGCUGCGAUCUGUGUCCGCACGAAAGCCCCAACAGCCGCGCUUUGCUGGAUCACAAGAAGCGAGUGCACGUGGUGGAACGUUUCGAAUGUGAGCUCUGCGGCAAACGGUUCAAGCGCAAACUGUAUCUGCGAGAACAUAUUGCUUCGCACACUGGGCAGCCAUUGUACGAGUGCGGUAUUUGUGAUGCCAAGUUUAACUCAAACGCUAAUUGUUACAACCAUCGAAAGAUCAAACAUCCCGAGGAAUAUCAGGCACGGAGGCAGGCAUUUUUAGAGGCCCAGCGUAAGGCACCCGAUAGUGAGCUGAAGAAAGAGGAUUUUGACAUACCUGGCACAGAACGGAUAUUGCCAUUUGACAACUGCAUCUAUAAAUUGGUGGUUUUGUUUGGGUGCAAUUGCAACGAACCCAGUGGGGUUAAUAAUUUUCUUUUGAAAAUGAAUGAAAAGUGUCGCUUGUGUUUAGAAGAGGUGGAAUGUGCAGUAGCCACAGCGAUAACGGACGAAUCUUUUCGACGGAAACUGAAACAUGUGUUUUUAUUUGCGAUUCCUUCAGAAGACGACCUUUCGGAACAGGUAUGCCCACAGUGCGAAACGACCGUUUCGGAGUUUUACAUGUACAGCCUGCAGGUACAAGCCAAUCAGCAACAGCUAAGAUCGCUAUCGAGCAUAGAGGAAGCGCCCGUAGCCGACCGGAGUAUAAAAGUAGAACCAGAGUUCAAGAUUGAAAUUCUCCAAGGGGAAGCUGCGGAAGAACCGCUCUUAGGUAUAGAGUGUGUCGAUGUGAAGGAAGAAUUUAGUGGAAGCGUUUCUCCCGAAUCGGAACCGGAUUCGGAAUGUACUUCCGAUGAAGAUGCCAUAACACCCACCAGAAGGGGCCGUCGUCGUAGAAGGAAUGAAGGUGACAGGAAUACCAAUCACAGGGAAACUAGGCGCCGAUCGGACGGAAACCAUCAGGCUCGGUUGCAAGAGAAGGAUGAAAAGAUAAAGGAGUUUUAUACGCUCGAGUGCGAAAUAUGUUCCAUACUGUUGGAUAAUUUUGUGCAGCUUCAGGAUCAUUACCAGCUGGUGCACGAAACCCGCGGGUAUAUACGAUGCUGUAACAAGCAGUUUUAUCAUCGCUACACGCUGCUAGAUCACAUUGCCGUACACCGAGGAACGAUAAGGUGUGAAUUGUGCAAUCGAAGCUACAAAACGAAGCGUUAUUUGGGUUUGCACAUGGCCAAAAGCCAUGGCACCGAGGAAGAACGGCCUUUCAAGUGCAAUAAGUGUGGUUUGUCUUACCCGAAGCAGUAUUUACUACGAUCGCAUCAGCUGAUGCAUGUGCAGGCGGAAUGUAGCAUUUGCAAGAAGGUCCUGUCUAGUAAUUACGCGCUCAAAGUACACAUCACCCAGAUGCACAACGACGACAGUAACCAUAUCUGUGCGACUUGCGGUAAAAUGUUCCGCACGAAGGCAGCCAUGGAUCGACACAUCAAGGAACAUUUGGGACUGGAGCCGAUCGAACGGAUGCAGUGUUCGUACUGCCAGAAGUGGUUCAAUGGGAAGUACAAUCUGAACAAGCACGUUCGCUUUCUGCACAAUGAGCAGGGCCAGGUAUUUCGGUGCGAUAUAUGUCCACACGAGAGUCCGAAUAGUCGGGCGCUAGCGUACCACAAGCAACGGGUACACGUGCAGGAGAAACACGAGUGUGAACACUGCGGGAAGCGCUUCAAGCGAAAGCUUUAUCUGCGCGAGCAUAUUGCAUCGCACACGAACGUUCCACUGUACACGUGCGAGUACUGUGGCAUGAAGUUUAACUCCCAUGCAAAUCAUUUUACGCACCGAAAGAAUAAACAUCCGGAAGAGUGGGAAGCGCACAAGCGUAUGAGGUUGUUGAAGAAGAUGAGUAAAAAUUGAUCGGCAUCAUGUGUUCGCUUGUGGUCUGGCAGGUCAGAUAGGUCGGAUUAAGGUAUAGUUCUUAAGCAAAUAUAUUUUGGUUGAACCAUUAGAUUGUAAAGGCAACUACCUGUACAGGUAGGCACUUCUCUCGGUCUAAGGUAUAUGGAAGUGAUAUGCGAAUGUUCCGCUUUUUAGCCAUAAACUUAAUAAAAGGUUUUUUCACCGUACCGAUAAA